AUGGCGUCUUCCGACAGGCCCAAUCAGCCCAUCCUCCUACGACAAAUGCCUCAUCAGAGCUACAUCAAGCGCCAGAAAGAAGAUUGGGCUGGUGUAACUAAUCCAAAUGAGAGAAAACGGUUACAGAACAGAUUGAAUCAGAGGGCUUGGCGCCAGAGGAAACUGAAACAGGGCGCCGAAGGAGGCACUGGUGCAGGGGAAAGAGCCAUUAAUGAACAACUCACUACGGCCACUGCCCGUCAAAGACGCGAUAUUCUGGAGCGUUUUGCUCUGGACGCACUACAGAAUUAUAUGACAAACCAGCCCAAUACGGAUCAGCUCCUGAGAGUGAUCCAACUGAAUACAAUUAAUGCUAUGACAUCAAAUGCAAAAGCCCUUAAGCUACAAGUCGAUUGGCUCGUCUGUCAUGCUGUUUCGCCAUUUGGAUUCAUAGGCCCGGCGAAACCCGCAGUGAUCGCAGCCUCUACCGGCCCGACGUCGUUGAUUCCGACGGACCUCCAACUGAGAACCCCACAUCACCCUUGGAUCGAUUUGUUCCCGCUGGCUAGAAUGCGAGACAAUUUACUAGUGGCUACAAGUGUGUCUCGUAUUUUGACCGAUGAUGACGAAGAACUGCUGUGGGCCGACCUUGUGGAAUGGGGUGGGAAUGGUACAGAGGGUGCUGACUUGAUUGUCUGGGGCGAACCGUCGGAUCCUCGUAAUUGGGAAGCAACAGUGCCGUUCCUUAAGAGAUGGGGGUGGCUUUUACAGGGUUGUAGCGAAAUUCUAGAAGCGACGAAUUACUGGCGACAUAUCAGAGGUGAGCGACGCCUUCGACUUUAG